AUGAACGUGUUUGCAGAAAUCAAGAGAAAGGUUGUUAAUUCCCCAAUAAACAACAGUAAAAGUAUAAGCAUAAGCACGUCGAUAUUGCUACCUAUUCGCUGCAUGCAAUCACUGCAUUGCAACAGCUAUGGCCUGGAAUUUUUUUAUCGCAGCUUUCUUGGCUAUCGCCGCCGCUUCACCUUCCAGUUGCAAGCCGGAAUAAAAGCUCCCAGUUACCCUACCCCAAGUUACACUACACCAAAAUAUCACUACACUAGCCAAUCUGACGAGCGAAACCUCGAUGGCAGCAGCCAAUGGAGCUUUGUUCAGUCUGACUACACUACUCGUGAGGAGUCUCAGGUCCAGAAGAAGAUGCAAGGACUCACCUAUGAUUCUUACGGCAAAGAAUCGUACGGUGAAGUCCUAGGCAACACCAACAAAGGAUCCUCUUACUGGGUUUCUCCUGAAGGCCAGAAAUUCAUCUUGACGGGGGUUGCUGAUGAUGCCGGAUUCCAGCCCAAGGGUGACCAUUUGCCAGUCGCUCCCGUCCACGUCUACGAGCUCCCAGUUGCUCCUGUUCACGAAUACGAACUUCCAGUUGCCCCUGCUCUCCCUUAUGCGCGCACCGGACUCGGCUAUUAAGAUAUAAGUAUUUCAUUAGUGAU